GCCUCUUCAAUUAUCUUGAGACCUUCAGGGGUAUCUUAAUCCAUGUCUGCUCCAUCUUCAUCUUCAUCCUCAUCCAUACCAACACGAUCCUGGACAUAUGAAGUGUUCUUAAGCUUCAGAGAUGAAGAUACUGGACACACUUUUGUCGAUCAUCUUUAUAAAGCUCUUGUUCAGAAAGGAAUACUUGCAUUCAAAAACGACAAGAUGCACCCUUCGGGGAAACCAGUCUCUCCAGAACUUUUGCAACUCAUCGAAGAAUCGAGAUUUGCAGUAGUUAUCCUCUCAAAAAACUAUUCUAAGUCUUCUAGGUGUUUGGAAGAGCUGACUAAAAUCAUGGAAUGUCAGGAUCAGAUGGGGCAGAUUGUGUUACCAGUGUUCUACCAUGUAGAUCCAUCUGAUGUACGAAGACAGAAACGAGACUUCGCAACAGCGUUUGAGCAACACGAGGAGAAGUUGAUGGGUAAAUUGAACAACUGGAGGAAAGCUUUAACUGCAACUGCUAAUUUAUCUGGCUUGCAUAUCUCGCCAGAAAGCGGGGGUGAAUCUGCAUUUAUAGACAAGAUUGUUCAUGAGAUCUUUCGGAAUAUACAACCAGAUGGUAGCGAUAAUGCUCUGAUUGGUAUAGAAUCACAUGUGGAUACAUUAUACUCGUUAUUGAGCAUAGAAGCAUCACACGAGGUGCGCAUGAUAGGGAUAUUUGGAAUUGAAGGGAUAGGAAAGACAACUAUUGCUCAAACUUUGUUUAAAAGAAUUGCAUAUAUGUUUGAGGGUAGUAGUUUUGUUAACAAUGUAAGAGAUAACAGUUGUACUAUAUGUCUGUUACAAGAAAAGAUUCUUAAGGAUAUUCUAAGACUGCAACAAGGGGUGAUGAUCAAUGAUCCUGUGUACGGAGCCAACAUGAUACAACACCGAUUUAAAUAUAAAAAGGUUCUUCUUGUCCUAGAUGACGUGGAUGCUUUCGAACAGUUAGAAUACCUAGCUGAUACACAUGAGUGGUUUGGUCCAGGAAGUAGAAUCAUUAUAACUACUAGAGAUGAGCAUCUUCUGUCAUCUGGCUAUUACAAGUACAAGCCUGCUCCUUUACUCAUGGAUCAAGCUGUUGAGCUCUUCAGUUGGCAUGCUUUUCGAAAGAAUAGCCCUCCAGACGAGUUUAAAGAUCUUUCAAAUCGUGCAAUAUGCUUUACUGGUGGUGUUCCUCUAGCGUUGAAAGUUUUAGGUUGUUUCUUUCUUGGAAGAAAGAAUACCAGUGUGUGGGAAAGUGCUUUAGCUAGACUAGCUAACAUACCAGAUUGUGACAUUAUCGAGAAACUGAAGUGUUGUUUAGAUGAUCUCAGGUAAAUGAUAUUCCUAGAUAUGACAUGUUUCUUCAAGGAAUAAGAAGUAACAGAUGUGACUAGAAAAAUUGAUUGCUUUGAUUUUCACCCAAGGAUAGGGAUUGAUGUUCUUAUCCAGAAAUCUCAAUUAACCAUUAUAUGUGGAAAGAUAGAUGUGAAGUCUAAUCACAAGUUAAACUUAGGAUAUGUUGUGUUUAUUAUGUAAAUACUAGUCAUAAUGCCCGGCGCGUGUUGCGGCGCGGGUACAUCGUAAACAUCGAAUGGAUUAGUCAAAGCAUUAUGUGUUGUGUUAACCA